AUGGCAGUCACUCUCGUCGCAAAACCUAAUGUCACGUCGCCGGUUUGGGAACAUUUCGGCUUUCUACCCAAUGAAAAGGGCGAGCCAGCGAAUUUAGAUGAGCCAAUAUGCAAAAUCUGCGGCAAAAAGGUUCCUGUGACACGCGGCAAUACAUCUAAUUUGAGGUGUCAUCUCGCUAACUGUCAUCCAUCCAUUAAUGCACAGCUGCCCCCUCAAGUAUCAGGUCGCGGAGCAACUUCAAAAAGAACAACCGAGACCGGUACCAGCAGCCGACAGUUAGGAGUAGCUGAAGCCUUUGGGAAAUCUGUAAAAUACAGCCGUGAAAGUAACAGGCAUAAAUGCCUUACAGAUGCUGUUACCCAGUAUUUAGUUCAGGAGAUGGUUCCAUUCAACACGGUGGAGAAACCUGCAUUCAAGUCAAUGCUUCAAAAAUUCGACAAGCAGUACGAGUUGCCGGGCAAAACCUACUUUUCAGAAACUGCUGUUCCAAAAAUGUACAGCACGGUAAAGACAUCGAUCAAAAGCGAGCUGAUGAAUAUUGACUACUUUUCUGCCACAACCGAUAUGUGGUCAAGUGUCAAUAUGACUCCUUAUAUGAGUCUAACGGUUCAUUAUCUCAGCACAGAAUGGGUUCUGAAAUCACGUUACCUCGAAACAGUGUUCAUGCCCGAAAACCACACGUCCGACAAUAUUUCAGAUGCUCUCCGGCACACAUUUGAAGAAUGGUCCCUGGAUGAGAAAAAGCUGGCCUGUAUCACUACAGACAAUGGGGCCAACAUUGUUGCAGCAGUCAAAAAGUUGAACUGGCCUUGGCUGAACUGCUUUGGGCACAAUUUACAUUUGGCAGUUACAAACGCAAUGGCAAGCGUCAAAGACCGCACAGCCCGAGCAAUGGGCCUGUGUCACACACUGGUUAGUACAUUUUCUCAAAGCUGGUUAAAGAGAAGAGACGUAGCAAAAGCACAAGCUGAACUUAAAAUUCCUCAGCAUGGCCUCAUACUGGACUGCGCUACGAGAUGGGGCACCAAACAGAAAAUGGUGGAAAGAGUUUUAGAGCAAAUCCCGGCUAUCAGAAGAGUUCUGGAUGACCGGAGACAUCAACAUCUAAAUCCAAGCUGGCAGGACAUCGCUGUCCUUGAGUCCGUGAACGCAGCACUAAAACCCGCAGCUGAGUUUACGGAUCUGCUGUCUGGCGAGAGUUACGUUACAGUGUCUUCAGUCAAGCCCGUCCUGAAACUCCUGACAGAAGAAAUGCUUAAACCAUCCUCCGAGGAUACCACCUUAACAUCGGACAUAAAGAACAAAAUGUGUAGUGUUCUACAUGGGAAGUAUGAACCAGCUGCCUUACAAAAUCUUUUGGCAAAGGCGUGUUGUUUAGAUCCUCGAUAUAGAGGUGAUCAUAUUAAUGACACGGAGACAAAAUCCGCACUCUUCGAAGAGAUGGUGGGAGUGGCGGACGAAGAGACCGCUGUCCGUGCACCUGCGCCAGAGGUUGGAGACGAAGGGCAAGCGAUGGUGCCACCUGUAGCAAAGAAAAAGACUCUUGGAGACCUGCUGAAGUCACGGACAACAUCCGCGUCAGCGCCCAUACCCAAGAGAGCGCGAUGA